UGGAAGCAGGCAGGCAGCCGUUGAAAACAAAUCCACAAAGCGAGCGUAAAUUGAGGAACAAUAAUAAUUCGGCCUAAAUUCUUUCACCAAUAUGAUAUCAACCCCUUUUCAGCAAAAUCGGACGACAGUGUUAAUCGAGAGAUAACCUCUCCUCUCGAUUUCCACCACCUCCAUUUCUUUUCUUUGCUUCUCCUUUCUCUCUCUCUCUCUCUCUCUCUGUCAUCCUCUCACAUUCUCGGGUAUUUCUUCAACAAUAUUCUUCUUUAUAUUUCCCCAAUUUCAUUCUUGUUUGAUGCCACCCCUUUAAUCCAGCUUAUGGGGUUUUGUACAUUGGUCAAAAUCGACAUUUGGCCUUUGGGCGGGGAAACCAUAAAAAAGACAAGAGAAGAUGACGGGCCCCACCUCGUCUUGCGCUGACUCAGCAGCUCAUGCAGAUGCAGUUGAUGAUAACGGGCCCACAGAUGAUGAAGAAGCGCCUUUAUUAAACACAGCGGAGUGUCGUAUUUGCCAAGAGGAAGAUUCAACUGAUACUUUAGAGAUACCAUGUUCCUGCAAUGGUAGUCUUAAGUAUGCUCAUAGAAAGUGUGUUCAACAUUGGUGCAACGAAAAGGGCGACAUCACUUGUGAAAUAUGCCAUCAACCUUACCAACCUGGCUAUAUUGCUCCACCUCCCAGAGCGCGUUUGGAAGAGACUACUAUAGAUAUCGGAGGAGGAUGGCAAAUAUCGGGUACACCUAUGGAUCUGAACGACCCACGUCUCUUGGCAAUUGCUGAAGCUGAACGCCAAUUUCUUGAAGCUGAAUAUGAGGAUUAUAACGCCUCAAAUGCCAGUGGAGCUGCAUUUUGUCGUUCAGCUGUUUUAAUUUUAAUGGCACUUCUGCUACUACGGCAUGCAGUAAACGUGCCGGAAUCUGAAGCAGAUGGAGAUGAAGAUGCGUCUACUUUCUUGACUCUUUUCUUGCUUCGGGUUGCUGGGUUUCUUCUUCCGUGCUACAUUAUGGCGUGGGCCAUCAGCAUCUUGCAGCGUCGAAGGCAAAGACAGGAGGCUGCAGCAUUGGCGGCAUCACAAAUUGCUUUUGUAUUGCAAGCGGGUCAAAGGCGGGGCCUACACUUUGCCAUAGCCUCUGCUGGGCCACCGCCAGCAUCGGCAGCUGCUGCGACUCCCGCCGUGGCUCCACAGGAGGACAAUGUCUGAUCUUUUUCGGUUCCCAGAAGCCGCUAAAGGAGGGGAAUGAAUUAACAACAUAUUGUUGUAAAGUUUAUUUUGUGUUUGCAAGUCAUUUUUUGUUAUUUCACAAGUGUCUUGUUUCUGGUGAUUGAUGUGUAUAAAUGUAUAAUAUUGCUUUGUCACAUUAAUAUUUGUGACAUUUUGAAUAUGUUUUUCCUGUUAAUAUUUACUAAUAAUCAUGUC